AUGUCUCAUGAAAGUCAAAAAAAAUUAUUAUUAAUUAUUGCAGAAAUUAUUAGAUCUGUAAUUGUAAAACAACUCAAUGCAGCUGGAUUAUUCUCUGUUAUCAUUGACACAACGACCGAUGUGGCAAGACUGGAACAAUUUUCUUUUAUUGUUCGAUAUGUUCAUGAAGGAAACAUCGAAGAACGUUUAUUAAGUUUGAUUACAGCGUCAGAUGCUACAGGAAAAGGGCUGUAUAAUACUUUUUGUACUAUUACAGAAAUGUAUCAGAUUGAUUGGAAAACAAAAUUAUGCGCUCAAUCAUACGAUGGUGCUGCAGCUAUGCAAGGGGAGUACUCAGGAUUACGCACAUAUAUUCAGAAUGAAAAUCCCAAAUCAAUUUAUGUGUGGUGUUUCGCACACUUGCUUAACCUAGUUAUUGUCGAUACAUUAGAUUCUACAACUGAUACAAAAAUAUUUUUUGGGGACUUGCAUGGAAUUGUAACAUUUAUGCGAGCCAGGAAAAGAACUGCAACAUUUUAUGAAUGCCAAAAAAAAUUGAACAUUGGAUCUAAAGCUAAUGAUAGAAUUCGAAAAAUCAAAAAUUUCUCAGAUACACGGUGGACGUCCCAUGAUCGUGUUAUAACAGUAAUACAUGAUAAGUAUGAUGCUUUAAAAAAUACUUUAGAAUUGCUAUCAGAAUCCAGACAGAGUAACUGCUUCAAAUGCAAAAUCAUUUUUAUUAAUAAUUUCUUCGUUUCAUUUUGUAUUGGUUCUUAA